CAGGAAGUAAACCGUGGAAGGUCAGGGAUAUUUACUAUUUGGAGGAUAGCGUUUGUUACUUUGUGUUGCACAGAGUCGAUGACCAUGGGUUUGUAAUUAGAAUUCUUAAAUGGGACAUUCUGGAGCUGCUUCAACACAGUGAUACAUAAUAUAACUGACAUGAAAAUUAGACCUGAUAAACAGAAAAGAAACGGAACAUGUUUGAGAAUUUCAGAGAGAAGCUUCUGACUGUGCAGCAGGAUUUCACAACGGGGAUCAAAACGCUGAGUGACAAGUCAAAAGAAGCAAAGGUCAAGAAGAAGCAGAGACGAGAGGACCAUCAACCGAAGUUUUCAGCAGGAGUAGAGCUACUUAACAGGUAUGAAGAUACCUGGGUGACCCUUCACAAACGAGCCAAGGAGUCUGCAAUAGCUGGCGAGGCUGUGGAUGAGGAAGUGGUGAUGCUUUCUGCGCACUUGGAGAAGAGGAGGAAUGGGCUCUUGGAACUGCAGGAACAGCUCCAGCAAAUUCCAGCCUUCCUAUUAAACCUGGAAUCCAUCACGUCCAAAAUAUCCCACCUGGCGUCAGACUUUGAGGAGCUGGAGAGCCACUUGAUGCACCUUGAAGACCUGUGUGGACAGUGUGAGAUGCAGCGCUGUAAGCAGUUUCAGAUGCAGCAGCUGGAAAACUACAAGAAGAAAAAAAGGAAAGAACUUGAAACCCUGAAAGCUGAGCUGGAUGCAGAGCAUGCUCAGAAGGUGUUUGAAAUGGAACAUACUCAACAGGCGAAGCUGAAAGAACGGCAGAAGUUUUUUGAAGAGGCUUUUCAGCAAGAUAUGGAGCAGUACUUAUCCACUGGGUACCUACAGAUAGCAGAGAGACGAGAGCCGAUAGGCAGUAUGUCGUCUAUGGAGGUGAAUGUAGACAUGCUGGAGCAGAUGGACCUCAUGGACAUGUCUGACCAGGAGGCACUAGAUGUCUUUCUAAACUCAGGGGGAGAAGACAAUAGUGUGGCCUCACCAAUGCUGGGGCCAGAGACGGAGGCAUACCCCACAGAGAUCUCCCUGCAGGUACCAAGCCAGGCCGAACUGAGACACAAACUGUCCUCAUUGUCCUCCACAUGCACAGAUUCAGCUAGCCAGGAGGCCAGCGAAGCGGGGAACGAUUCCCCCAUCAUCCAGUCAGACGAGGAGGAAGUACAAGCAGACAACAUCCUGGUCAAAGAGAACUCUGACAGUGACACCCAGUCUGUUUAAAACAAGAUAUUAAGACAUUUUCUCAAUUUUUUUUUUCUUUUUUAAAACUUGUUGAAAGGAAACUAUGGUCAAUCACUUAAUGUUCUUUUUGUUUGCCUGAUGGGUCUUGUUUUUCUCUCCUAAUAUGUAUUGUACCUAACAAGCUUCAGUACUGUACUGAAGCACAAAACAAAGUCAAAUACUUUGGUAGAACAAUAAAAUCAGAUUAGAUUUUUUUUUUUUUUUUUUUUUUUUUAAAGAACCAUUUAUAAUUGUGCAUCAGGGCUUUAGCCAUUUACCACUGUGCAAUUUUCUGUCUGCCAAAAAAUAAUUCAAACAAUUUAAAUGAGACUACAGGAAGGUUAACCAUGUUAAAACAUUAGAAAGCAAACAAAAGCUAAAUGCGUUUCUAAGAACAUGGUUAUUAUAAAGCAUUUUGAAAGGCUGCAUUUGUCUGUUUAUGAAGAUGUAUCAAGAUUGAUAGUAUCCCCCAGGCUUAGCAAAAAAUGAUAUUAUAGUAUUGUAUUAUUUGUACCCCUUUAUCUACCCAUUUAUAUAGAAAUCAGCAGAUAUAAAUAGCAUUGUUUAAAUUAUAAUAUGCCCAUCCCUGGAAUUAUAUAAAAAAAAAAAAAAAAAGAUCGUGGAAUUCAAAUUCAAUGAUGAAAUUUAAUGAAUAUCUUGUUCAUUUCAGUAAAUACCCAAUGUGCAAUUUUACUUAAAGGGGUCGUAACUAAGGCUUCUUGCUUCUCAAGAAACAACAACACUGUGAAAAGCACCUUACUGUUUGUUAAUCCUGGUUUAUUUUAAAUUUAGUUAGUUAUAGCCAACUGUUCCUGCCACAGUGCUUUUGUGAGUUCCUGUCUUACAAUUAAUACAGCCUCACCUGGUGCCCCUAGGAAACCAUUGGGGAUCAGGUGGCAUUACGACUACUACCACCCCCCACCCCACCCCACCCCACCCGUAAACUUAGUGUGGCAGAAUAAAUAGGCUUCACUGGAAUCAGUACAAAACAAAAGGAUUUGGAAAGUUUGAAAACAGACCCUGAUUAACACUAGUCUUAGAAUACCUUAGCUGGGGUGACAUUAGGCACUCCAGGAUUAGUGUGGAUCAGCCAUUAGGGAUUUGAAUGUUCCUAAUGCUACUGAGAUGAAAGAAAAUGUUUUAAAAGCACUACAUUAUUUUAACCAACCAUUUAAAAAAAGAAAAUACCCCAAGAACACCUGUAAGACACUGGAGGCAUAAUUAAUGUAAUACCAGCAAAAACAAUUGCACCAGUUUGUUUUUCUAAGAAACAGGUUGGCCUGAAAUAGCAUCACUUAGUAGUUUUGAUUUGCAAACCAUCUCUCACCUAAAUAUAGUUAGAGAGGAACCAAGUAACACAGAACCAUAAAGCUCUGGAGACCGAAUUGGGAAGGAGAACAUCAAAUACUGUCUCUAGGACAAGGAGGACCAACCAAGACCAUCAGCAGCAGUGUUUUCCUUUGUUUCAGUAAAUAUUGCAAAUGUGUAUUAAAUAAAGGGUCAAGUGGGACUGUUUUCUAUUCAAUACAUUAGGAAGUAACAGUUCAGCUAUAUUGUGCCUCUUAAUUAACAGUUGUUGCUGUACAUGUACUAAGAAAAAAAAAGUUAUUUGUAAGUCAGUGAAAAUAAAAAUGCCAAGUGAGACACAAGAAUUGUAAAGAA